GUCACGUUCCUUCGCGCGUCUACUAUUCAGUCUACCCCACCAUCGUCGUCAAUGGGUAUAAAAGGUCUUACUGGGCUCAUCUCAGAACAUGCACCACAUGCAAUCAAGGAGCAUGAAAUUAAAACCCUUUUUGGUCGAAAAGUCGCCAUCGAUGCCUCCAUGUCGAUAUACCAAUUUCUCAUUGCAGUACGUCAACGCGACGGAGAAAUGCUCAUGAACGAUGCUGGAGAAACAACAAGCCACUUGAUGGGAUUUUUUUACAGGACUAUUCGUAUUGUGGAGAAUGGCAUCAAACCUGCCUAUGUAUUCGAUGGUAAACCCCCAGAAUUAAAGAAGGGAGUGCUUUCAAAACGUUUCGCCCGACGUGAAGAAGCCAAGGAAGAGGGAGCAGAAGCUAAAGAAGUUGGUACUGCGGAAGAUGUCGACAGGUUUUCUCGGAGAACGGUCAAGGUCACGAAGCAACAUAAUGAAGAAUGCAUACGCUUACUGAAACUUAUGGGCAUCCCUGUGAUUGUGGCUCCGUCUGAAGCAGAAGCUCAAUGUGCUGAAUUAGCUCGGGGUGGAAAGGUCUAUGCAGCCGGCUCAGAAGAUAUGGACACGCUUACUUUCAACGCACCCAUCCUCUUCCGCCAUCUCACUUUUUCCGAAGCCAAGAAACAGCCUAUCAGCGAAAUCAACCUCAGUGCGGCUUUGCAAGGCCUUGACAUGAACAUGAGCCAAUUUGUCGAUUUAUGUAUUCUGUUAGGGUGUGAUUAUCUCGAACCCAUCAAAGGUGUUGGUCCAAAGUCCGCCCUUAAACUUAUUCGCGAGCAUAAUGGACUGAGGGGCGUCGUCAAACAUCUCCGAGCCAAAACAGCGGAAAAAGAGAAAGCUGUGGCAGAAGCAGCGGAAGAGGAAGAGGCAGAGGAAGAAGACCCGGCUCCCACGUCUGAUGUUGAACAACCUGAUGGUUCUGACAUCGAAGAAGCAUCUUCUAGUAAACCAAAACCCAAAGCUAAGAAGAAGGGAGCAAAGGGGAAGGGCAAAGGUGGUGUGUCGAUGCCAGAGGAGUGGCCAUGGGAAGAGGCAAAGGAACUGUUCUUGAAACCAGAUGUCACCCCUGCGGAUGAAUUAGAUCUUGACUGGAAGAAUCCCGAUGUCGAUGGCUUGGUGCAGUUUUUAGUGACUGAGAAGGGUUUCAAUGAAGAACGUGUGCGCAAGGGUGCAGAAAAACUUUCAAAAUACCUGAAUACCAAACAGCAAGGACGGUUGGAUGGUUUCUUUACGGUUACAGCAAAGCCUAAGGAAAUAGCUAAAGGGAAAGGAAAGGACGACAAGGGAAAGAAAGGUGCCAAAAGAAAGGGUGAAGAUCAGGAACAGGGUGGAAGUAAAGGGAAGAAGAGCAAGACAAAAAAAUGAGUGUAUGGCUAAAUACUCAUUCACUUAUAACGGCGCGUAUUCAUUCACAUACAUUUUCAUUCCAUUUUGUACUAUAUCUUUGUAUCAUAUCUGAGAAGGUUGCUUUGAACUUUGAAGAGCCCUUCGAGUAUAAGUACUCAUGAAUCAAAAUCCGGAUAUGCCGAGUCAGGGCU